GAUGAUUUUGAUGAUUUGUGCGUUGUUGGCUACCAGUGCAAUAUUUUCCGAGACGACGAGAAAGCAGUUUACAUUGAUGAAAAUCGCCAUUUGAUUUCCUGGAUGGGAGAUGAGAGCAUUCUGAUUGACAGAUACGAGAGACGUGGUCAUCUCACCGAACUCGAUGCGGAAAGAUUAAAU